UGAGCGCUGGACAAGUUCCAGUGAGAUGCAAAUGGAGACGAUUUUCUUCCAAGAAAGUUACAUGUCCUGACUCCAGACAGUGACCGACAGAAUUCAGAUACAGAGAUGGAGUUGUAUACAUAUAGAGAGAGAGAGACGUUAUUGGCUAUAAUCGGCGCCAAUUAGGAACGGAGUAGUAUGUGGACACGGUAAAGCUGUGGGCGGUUGACUGAUUGACCAAUACAUCUAUCUUCUUGGACAGCUCGUGGCUCGUGCUCUUUUAUGGUCCCAUCGCUCUGUCUAUAUAAACCCAUCCAAAUUGCAUAAACCAUUUCCAUUUCUCAUUGAAUCAUCAGUCUCUUCUUCUUCCUCCUAACCAUAUAUUAUAUAUAUACACAGAAAUUAUAUAUAUAGUUUCCACUAUAUAUUACAGUUAUGGCUGGUGGAGGAUUCGCGGCCACGGCCGGUGGAACCGAAUUCGAGGCCAAGAUCACUCCCAUCGUCAUCAUCUCCUGCAUUAUGGCCGCCACCGGUGGACUCAUGUUCGGUUACGACGUCGGCGUUUCAGGUGGGGUUACUUCAAUGCCCGAUUUCUUGAAGAAGUUUUUUCCGGUGGUUCACCGGAAGACUCAAGAGGGACUGGACAGUAACUACUGCAAAUACGACAAUCAAGGACUACAAUUAUUCACAUCAUCUCUGUAUUUAGCUGGUUUAACGGCGACGUUCUUCGCUUCCUACACGACGAGGAAUCUUGGCCGGAAGCCCACCAUGUUGAUUGCCGGGAUUUUCUUCAUCAUCGGAGUGGUGCUGAAUGCUGGAGCUCAGGACCUUGCUAUGCUCAUUAUUGGGAGGAUCUUGCUUGGUUGUGGAGUAGGUUUUGCUAAUCAGGCGGUUCCUCUGUUCCUAUCAGAGAUAGCACCCACAAGAAUUCGUGGUGGACUCAACAUUUUAUUCCAGCUUAAUGUCACAAUCGGCAUUCUGUUUGCUAAUCUUGUCAAUUACGGUACUGCAAAGAUCAAAGGAGGAUGGGGUUGGAGGCUGUCAUUGGGGUUGGCUGGAAUUCCUGCACUCCUCCUAACUGUGGGAUCCCUCCUGGUGGUGGACACCCCUAACAGCCUGAUAGAGCGUGGUCGCUUGGAGGAAGGAAAAGCAGUGCUCAGAAGGAUUCGAGGCACUGACAAUAUUGAACCAGAGUACUUGGAGCUUGUCGAGGCCAGCCGUAUAGCUAAAGAAGUCAAACACCCCUUCAGGAAUCUCCUCAUGAGGAGGAACCGUCCCCAACUAGUCAUUGCAGUGGCCUUACAGAUAUUCCAGCAAUUCACAGGCAUCAAUGCAAUCAUGUUUUAUGCACCGGUGUUGUUCAAAUCAUUAGGAUUUGGAGGUGAUGCGUCGCUUUACUCAGCCGUCAUUACAGGAGCUGUAAAUGUGCUAUCAACCAUUGUAUCCAUCUAUUCAGUGGACAAAGCAGGCCGUCGCGUGCUCUUACUGGAAGCUGGGGUCCAAAUGUUCAUUUCACAAACAGCGAUUGCCGUUAUACUGGGACUCAAGGUCAAAGACCACUCAGAAAACCUUGACAAAGGCUUUGCAAUCAUGGUUGUGGUUUUGGUGUGCACAUAUGUGGCAGCUUUUGCCUGGUCUUGGGGGCCACUGGGAUGGCUCAUUCCUAGUGAGACAUUCCCCUUAGAGACUCGCUCAGCGGGACAGAGCGUGACAGUUUGUGUCAACUUGGUCUUCACCUUUGUGAUAGCACAGGCCUUUCUCUCCAUGCUGUGUCAUUUCAAGUAUGGCAUAUUCUUGUUCUUCUCGGGCUGGGUGCUCAUCAUGUCUUUCUUUGUGCUGUUUCUGCUCCCGGAGACUAAAAAUAUUCCGAUUGAGGAGAUGACGGAGAGAGUGUGGAAGCGUCACUGGUACUGGAAGAGAUUCAUGGAUGACGAUGUGAAGGGAGAAAUUGGCAUUACUAGCACUGAUGCAACGAAAAAGGGGCGAUCCUGCUUCCCAAUUGAUAUAAACCUCAACAUUGGGUUGGAUGUAUAAAUAAAUGAAUAGGAACGUCUACAAAAUUUCAUUUGUUGUCUAUAGUUUGAUCUUAGGAACUUGGAGUGUUUUAUGUCAUUCUGAUACUAUCACCCCAUGCGUUCGCGAAUGCAGAUUGAAAAUUGUUGGGGGAGCAGAAUCGAGAUGUGUAAGCAACUUCAAAUGUAUUACUGGAAAUUAAAAGAAAUUAUAUAGCAAUACAUGACUAGCUUUUCACCUUA